GUAGUUCCACAGAUUUAACACCCUCACUAUUGGGUAUCUACGAUUCACUCACGACUGUUUUAGAUGCAGCAACAUCUACGACAACUACAACCACAACAUCUACAACGAAUAAUCAUAAAACCUCUAACAACAACUCAACAUCCUACUCCUCCUCUUCCUUUUCAACAAACUGUGAUAGUGGCAAAGACACGAGUCUAGUGGCAGAGGAACCACCAGCAAAACCUCCCUUGGAUGCUUAUCUUAGUCGUUUGGAGAAAUAUGCCAAACAAGCGGAAUUAAAAAAUUCACAUAGCUCACAAGUUGGGGAAGAUUCGCCACCUUUAGCAAAUUCCAAUAGUGGUAGUUGUAGCAGUAGCUUAAGAGGUUCCUUAGAGUCUGUCUCCUCCAAUGGUGGUUCUCUAAAUAAACAUCGUUCGAAUAUACGUAUACUCUCGGCCAAUGUUCAACGUAUUAUUACACACUCUGAUGCUGAGGCUGUAGAUGCGGUAGAUAUAGAGGCCCUACAAUAUCCCACACGUUCUAGUACUCCCAUACAACAACAACAACAGCAGCAGCAACAACAACAUCAACGUUUUGUUAAAAAGUCCUCCAGCUCCCCCAGCAGUCUUAGUAAUCAUAAGCACAAACUUUCCCAUAUACCAUUGUCUAAAACAACAGGAAAAUUAACCCAAACCGGUACAGAUUUGGUGGAAACUUUCAAUAAUGCUCUAAACGAAGACAGUGAAAACUUUCGACGUUUUGAUUUAAAGUCCAAAGGUUUGAGAAAACCCUCUACACCUGCCAUUUAUUCCUUGCCUGGAGUAGAUGAUGAUAAAACUCCCACUAAUACCAUAGCAUUCAAUUUUGAUUGUUCAGCGGCCCAUAAACUUGCUACACGCAAGCUAAGUCUGCCUAGAUGUAACUAUGAAAAAGACCCUGGUUUGGACAACAAGACCAAUAUGUCUCUAGAGUGUCUGCCUACAGAAAAUCCCAUUACAGAGACCAUCAAUUUUGCCGUGGUCUCACAGAAUCUAAAAAAUCUCACUUUAGCCGCCAACUCUAAAGAGUUUCAGGCUCCCAGCAGUAAUGAGGAGCUUUUUAAAGCUCUCAACAAACCUGUGAUCUCACCCAAUGGCAAACGCAGUCCUACCCAUCAUCCUCUGUCAUAUGCUCGUUCCAAAAGUUUGGCCGCUCGUGAUUUUGCCCAAAAGAAUAUUACCAUUAAACAAACCAAUACCCUGCCACGCUCACAAUUCCUCAAAGAUGAAGAACUGGAUGAGAAUCAAUUUUCGGCCGAAAGCUUGGAUCGUCUAUCGGAUAUUAAGUCCAAGUUUUCUCCCAAAGAAUCACGUAAAAUGUCCAGUUUAAUGUUGCCCGAUAUAGCCAAACUAAAACACCGUCCUUUAUCAUCCUCCUCUAUAUGUUCCACUUCUUCUAGUUCGAGUUCUAGUUCAAGUACUGAUCAUUUGAGUGGUAAAUUAAAUACUUCAUAUUUGGCCAGUGUAGAGAGUUUAGCAGAUGAGCAUGAUUUAACGGCACAUAGUGGCAUGUCUGUGUUUGAGAGAGCCUGCAUGGAAAUUGUGGAUUCGGAGAGAAGUUAUGUUAAUGAUUUGGGAGAGGUUAUAAGAGGUUAUCUCUUGGAUUGGAAAGAACGCGCCUGCUUAAAGCAAGAUGACUUAGAUGUAUUAUUUUCCAAUAUACAAGAUGUUUAUCAAUUCAAUUCAGAAUUACUUAAACAUCUUUCGGACUCCAUAUUGGAUCCGGUUAAAAUUGCCAAAUGUUUUAUUGACUUAAAGGAAGGAUUUGAUGUCUACACUACUUAUUGCACCAGUUAUCCCGAAGCAAUAUCACUACUUACCAAACUACUACAGGCCACUCACACCAAUGCUUUGUUGGCCUCCACCCAAAGAAUGUUGCAUCAUACUUUGCCUCUAGGAUCAUAUUUGCUAAAACCCGUGCAAAGAAUUUUGAAAUAUCAUCUGUUAUUAGAUAACCUACGCAAACAUUGUGAUAUCAAGGAGGUAAUGCAGGCCUAUGAGAUAAUGCGUCAAGUAGCGCGCAAUAUAGAUCAGGUGAAACGUAAAUUGGAACAGCAAACCAGAGUUAAAGAACUAUCGGGCAUAUUAGAUGGCUGGUUAGGGCCAGAACUUACAGUUUUAGGUGAACUGCGUUUGGAGGGCAUUUUAAUGGAAAAUAAUAAACCACGUAGGGUUCUACUAUUUGCCACUAUGCUGAUAAUAGCCAAAGCCAAAGAGGACAAUCGUUUGCAAUUUAAAAGUUAUAUACACCAAAACAAUCUCAUGCUGAGCGAACACUUGGCUGGUGAACCAACUAGCUUUUAUGUAAUACCAUACGAUGAACCGCGCCACCAAAUCAAGUUAACAGCCAAAAAUCGUGACCAGAAACGCCUUUGGACUCAACACAUUAAAAGUGUCAUACUCGAAAAAUUCGAUAACAUUCCAUUACGAGCCAAAGAGCUGGUUUAUCAAUUGGGUGAUGAGGAAGAUCGCACAGCUGAUAAAAUCACCUGGAAAUGGAGUUUGCAUACAGCCUCCUCCACGCCCACUUAUUUGGAAAGACGCAAUAACUUUCGUCGCAGCGAAAUGCGCAACCGUUCUAAAACAAAGCGUAAAACCAUUUCAAAUACCAACUCCUUGGAUGUGUUUAGUGAAACCACACCCUCGAAAGAUGUUAAGAAUUUAAGCAAAACCAUAUCCAAAAGUGCUGAAAGCAUCAAUGACAAAUCAUUGGCUUCCAGAGAUUCAGCUUUAGUUGAAAAUGUAGAGCUUAGAGCCGAGGAGGAAGAGGCAGCGGAAAACUGCAGCUGUGCUAAAAACCAAAAAUGCAAAUUUUGCAUUAACCGUGAUAAGGAGUCAAAAUCGGUUAGACAAUCGCACAAAACCUUUAGAUUCGGCAGUAAACCUUUAAAGGAACGCAGCAAAUCGGUGCCACGCAUUAGUCUGCACAUAGAACAUUUCGAAAAGGUGGCCAGUGAGCAGGUUAAGGAAGCUAUAACCAGCUCCAAAGAUGUCAAAACUGUAACAAAUAUUACACAAAGCAAUGGCAAGACCACUUGUGCCAAACGUUUAUCCUCCCUUAAACGCCAAAAGAAUAAAACUAAAGAAACUUCCACUUUCUACAUGGCUCUCAGUGAGUUUGAAGAUGCUGGGGAAACGGUCUUGAAAAUCACCGAAUCUUCGGAAAAUAUUUUACACAAUAGCAAAUCGGAGGAUAAGGAAUUGAGCAAAGAAAUGGCCAAAUCUACCAAUUAUCUGCCCGAUGUGGUAAUGAAAGUAGAAGAGGAUAAUACUAUAAUGUCCACUUCUUUCACUUUAACGCCGGCAGAAAAAGCCAAACAUGAUGCCGAGAUUGUGUUGGAUCUUUUAAAGAAUAGCAAGGAAUUUGAUAAACUCUAUGCUAAAAUACAAAAGAAACGUAAUUUGGAUAAAUCUCUACAAUCAUCUAAAAGCCUGGACUUUAAACUCAACAAAACUAUGGACAAACUGGAACUGCCACCGGAAUUGCCACCAAGACCACCCUCUAGAUCGCCACCUCCAUUGGAAAAUGAAAAAGAUUGCAUGGAAUAUAAGUCGCUGACUUUGGAAACAGAAGAUGAGCCCAUUUAUGAAAGUCUGCUAAGAAAUGUACAUGUUCCCUAUAAAUUCUCUCCGCCUCUAGGACGUUCUAAAUCAGUGCAAUAUAACAAGUGCAAGGAAAAUAAACCAACUAGUCCACGACCCGAAUCUGAUUAUGUCACUCUAGUGUAUACACCCGAAGGUGUUUUACACAAUGUAGGAGGUGAAGAAGUGCAUAAAUCCCCGACAAAACCCGAAAGUAAUUUAAGUCAACACAGUUCAAAUGCCUCGUCUACGACCACUCUUAAGGAAAGGGAUAGUUUUAACAAUGACUUACCCAGUGAACAUAAUUCCUUGGAUUGCUCCACACAAAUGUCUGCAAGCUAUCACUCCAGUCCCAUAUAUAGUUCCAUAAAUGAAGUUAAUGCCAAUCGCAGUCAUACUCCUCGCAGUCUACUCAAACGUUUAUGGAGUAAUUCUACUCUGAUAGGAGAAGACUUAACAGGCAAUCGUUUAAGUCGUUCUGUACACAAUCUAGAGCGUAGAGGUUCCGAUAGUUCUGAAGUGGAUAGACAUUCUAUACUACAUCUGCCAGGCAGUGAGACUAUAGGUGAACGUAUGGCUCAUGUAGACUAUGCUGAUCCACGUACACUCUUCAGUGUUAUCAAAUAUGAUGCCGACAAUCAAAUGCAAAGAGAUUCGGUCUUGUCAUUAACCUCCUCCAAUGACAGUGUGUGUGAACAUAAACCUAGUAAUGGCAAAUUUAAAGAUUGUACUCAUAGUUUUGAAUAUGAAGAUUGUGUUGAAGCUUGUUUGGAAAAUGAUUUUCGUGAUUCUGCUAUUUACAGUGAUGACAAUGAUAGGCGUUUGAAUAAAUCCAACUCUUUUCGCAACAAUAAAAAUCCUCCCCUAAAACCCAAGCCAGCAUAUGUGCCACCUCUUCCCCUUAAAUCUCCUCUAAAAGUUGUCGAAACGAAUAAGGAUUUUGCCACAACCAAACCAACAGGACCAGGCGUUAUCAUCUGUCCGCCCAAUUUAAGCCCCACUAGCACCCGCAGUUGGGUUCUACAGCAAAUAGAUAAUUUUAGUAAAUAAUUCUAUUAAAUCCAAUGCAAUAAAAACAUUUCAUUCUUAAUAUUUAAGCGUUGCCAUAACUAAUUGAAAAUUAUUUAAUGUUAAAUUUAAUUUAAUUUAAUUAACGUAAGAAGCGAAAAAUAUUAUUGUUUGUCAAUAUCCAAAGACUAGGGCUUUGAUCAACUCAACAUCAAAUGCCAUUAAUGUUAAAUUUUUAUUAUUAUUAUAACGAUUAAUUUUUUUAUGAAAUUUUAUUACAUAUCUAAUAUGUAUUAUUAUUUUUCUGUUAAAAUUAGGUAUUAAUAUAUUAAGAUUUGCUACCUGUAAUUUGUAAUUUUGCUUAAACAAAAAGUCUGGUGGUAUAAAAGAAAAUGUAUUUGAAAAUUAUUAUAAAAUUUUUAAUUGUUUUACAUUA